CCAUUUUGUCGGCCGCCUCCCCGCCCGGCGGUCGCGUCCGCGCCUCCGCCGCCCCCGCCGCCCCCGCCGCCCCCGCCGCCGCCGCCGCCGCCGCCGCCUCUCGCAGCCAGCGGGUCGGGCGCGGGCCCGGAGGCGCGGCCAUGCGGCCGGUGGACGCGGAGCAGCCGGCCGAGCCCGAGGAGGUGGAGGAGCUGCGGCCCGAGGAGGACUUCGAGCAGUUCCUGCUGCCCGUCAUCCGCGAGAUGCGCGCCGACAUCGCGGCGCUGGCCGGGCCGCGCGCCCGCGGGAAGCUGUGGGCCGUGGAGCACGUGCUGCUGCGGCUGCAGACGCAGGUGGACGCGUCCGAGGGCAGCGCGCUCAACCACCUGCCCGCCGCCGCCCCCGCGCCCCGGCCGCCCGCCGACGACGACAAGGCGCGGGAGGCCGCCCGCAUGGCGGAGAUGCUGGUGCAGCUGGUGCGGCGGCUGGAGAAGGGCGGCCCGGCCUGAGGUCCGGAGAAGCCGCCCCGCACGGACGCCGCCGGACCCGGAGGACGGACGGCCGGACGGACAGACGCACGCACGCACGCACGCACGCGCGGCCCCCGCCGCCCCCGCCCGUGUCGCCGCGCUAAUUAUUAAAUGUCGUGGCUCGCU